CUCACAACAGCAAUCCUCACCACUCGCUCAUCCACGAUCUUUAGUCUUUCUCUCACACGUUCCUUUCAUUGACUGCUGGCUCAGUUCCUCCUUUGACUUAUUCACGUUCGCUUGUUUUCUUUGUAACUUCACUUCAUUCCUUCCGACCAUUCCCGGAAACCUUUCUAGAAUGGCCUUUCUUCGUUCCCUAUUGACAGCCACUGCCCUACUGGGUGUUUCUGCCCAGGCCAAGGGAGUCGUUGGCACUCCUUUUGGAUUCGCUAGCGGUACUACUGGCGGUGGUGACGCCGCCGCUGCCGCCCCCAGCGACCUGGCUGAAUUGAAGUCCUGGCUCUCGGAUGACACCCCUCGGGUGAUCUUGAUCGACAAGGAGUUCAACUUCAUUGGUAGCGAGGACACCUGCACUGACUGCCAGUGCUGCAUCCCCGACUCCAACAGCUGCGGCAGCUCCGGUCAGAACGCCAUCAAGACCGACGGAUCCGACUGGUGCGGCGACUAUCCCACCACCAAGUGUACCUACGACAACGCUGGUCUCGAGGGUCUGGAGGUCGCCUCCCACAAGUCCAUUGUUGGCGUCGGUAGCGCGGGCGUGCUUCGUGGCAAGGGAUUGCGUCUCACCAGUGGUGUGAACAACGUCAUUAUCCAAAACCUCCACAUCACCGAGCUCAACCCUCAGUACAUCUGGGGCGGUGAUGCCAUCACUUUGGAUGGCACCAACAACAUCUGGAUUGACCAUGUGAAGGUCAACCUCGUUGGCCGCCAAAUGUUUGUGUCUGGAUACAAGUCUAGCGGUAGCGUGACCAUCUCCAACAGUGAAUUCGACGGCCGCACUAGCUGGUCUGCCUCUUGCGAUGGCCAUCAUUACUGGAGCGUGCUCGGAUACGGCAAGGGCGAUCAGGUCACCUUCGCCAACAACUACAUCCAUCACACUUCUGGCCGCUCUCCGAAGCUCGAGUUCAACAGCCACUGGCACGCCUACAACAACUACUGGACCAAGAACUCCGGCCAUGCCUUCGACGUCGGCGAGAACACCAACGCUUUGAUCGAAGGCAAUGUCUUCGAAAGCGUCAAGACCCCCUUUGAGGACGACAGCAACCCUGGCUCCACCUUUGCCGCCAGCUCUAGCGACGCGUCGACCUGCACUUCUAAGCUGGGCCGCGCCUGUGUUCCCAACGUCCUGACCGACUCGGGUAAACUGUCCGCCAGUGACGAGUCGGUUCUCUCAGGCUGGCCCACUGGCGAGGGCAACGUCACCGUCAAGCCCGCCAGCAAGGUUUCCUCGUACGUCCUGGCCCAUGCGGGUAUCGGCAAGCUGGGCAGCUCCGCCAGCGCGACGGCCACCGUCGGUGGCUCCGCCGCCGCGACUUCUGGCGCCGUCCCGUCCAGCUCCGCGGCUGCCUCUUCUUCGUCCGUUGCCAAGCGCUUCGCUCCCGACUCUGGCGCCCAGUCGGAGGCUGGUCCCUGGGGCACUCCGUUCCCUACCCCUAGCAACGUUUCCUGGGGCUGGAAGACCAUCACCGUGCCCGUCCCCAUCCCCACCGGCACCCCUUCGGGGUUCCCGGCGGGUCAGCCCUCGCCUGCUCCCACUGGCGAGUCUGAGUCGAAGCACAAGUUUCCCUUCUUCGGUGCCUUUGGCUUCUAAGUUCGACGGCUCCGUUCCUGCGACUAAUGCUACGGGGAACGGUCCACACACCUGAACCCCCUCGCUCCCACUGCGAGCAUUAGUCCCGUUGACUGGAUGGGCACUUGUAUUUAUUCGCUUGCCUGGUCUAUGCCAGUGUUCACAACUAGACUAUUACUCUUAGCCAAAUACAUUGUCGUUCGCGCGACUUGGCCCUGCAAUUUCGCAGCAGUAGUUCCACCGACUGUGUACCGUCAUCGGGGCACGUCUUACAGUUUCGUAGUUCAGCGUAACUUGGUUCUUUGAAUAA